GCUUAGUGCCGCCAGAGCCGUACGAGCCGCAGGGAGGGACGGUCCCGGCCCGAAGGUUCUGGCUUAUCAGUGGUCGAGGCUGCCUCCGCCUCCCCGCCCACCCCACCUUCGCCCAGAAGGACUCAGAGGCGAGGCGGAGCCCCUGCCGCAGAGGCUGGGCGCGGUGGCAGCGGGCCCCGUCCUCGGACCCCGCCAGCGCCAUGUGGCUUUCGCUGCUGCUGCUGCUGGUCGUGCUGCUGCUGACGGUCCUCUGCAAAUGGCACCUGCGGCUGUCCGCAGGCAGCUCCCCGAACCCCUUCUCCGAGGACGUCAGGCGUCCCCCCGCGCCGCUGGUGACCGACAAGGAGGCUAGGAAGAAGGUUCUCAAGCGAGCUUUCUCAGCCAGCCAAGUGCCUGAGAAGCUGGAUGCAGUGGUGAUUGGCAGUGGCUUUGGGGGUCUGGCUGCAGCUGCGAUUCUGGCCAAAGCUGGCAAGCGAGUUCUGGUGCUGGAACAACACAGCAAGGCAGGAGGCUGCUGUCAUACUUUUGGACAGAGAGGCGUUGAGUUUGACACAGGAAUCCAUUAUGUUGGGUCCAUGCAAGAGGACAGCAUUUGCCGUUUUGUCUCAGAUCAGAUCACAGAGGGACAGCUGGAGUGGGCUGCCUUAUCCUCUCCCUUUGACAUCAUGGUACUAGAAGGGCCCAAUGGCCGAAAGGAGUUCCCCAUGUACAGUGGGGAGAAAGCUUAUGUUCAGGGCCUCAAGGAGAAGUUUCCCCAGGAAGAAGCUGCCAUUGACAAAUAUGUAAAGCUGGUUAAGGUGGUGUCCCGUGGAGUCAUCCAUGCCAUCUUGUUGAAGAUGCUCCCGUUGCGCAUAGCUCAGCUCCUCAGCAAGUGUGGGCCGCUCACCCGGUUCUUUCCAUUCCUUCGUGCGUCCACCCAGAGCCUGGCUGACGUCCUGCGGCAGCUGCCAGCCUCCCCGGAGCUCCGGGCAGUGCUGAGCUACAUCUUCCCCACUUAUGGUGGGUACUGGCUUUGGGUCCUGGGCGGCUCCUGGAGGAGGAGGGGCUGCCCUCUUGGCUCUCAGUCUUUCUUCCUGAGACUGCUUGACUAACUGAGAUGGAGCAGUAGAUACCCAAGGCCUGCUGGAGCUUCUGGAUGAGAAGUCUAGCCACCUACCUGCUGGACUCCCUGGUAAAACUUCCCUUCAUCCGUGCCCUGGAUGGUUUUCCUUUUCAACCAACAAUGUCCUCCCUCAUCUUGGCAGCAUGGCACUUUGCAGGGAGGACAUUCCCACUGGCCUCAGGAUCUGUCAGGUGCCCUGUGUUUGGAUGGAAACAGGCCCUCUGGCUGCCCUUAGCCCUGGGGAUCAUUUGGAUCCUGGAAUGGGUAGACUCAGGCUGCGUCCUUUUUGACAGGAAACUGUGU